CCCAAGAAUAUGAGGCACUGUCUAAUAUAGUAGACUGAUGUAGUACUGUUCACCUGUGGAUGUGGAUCCAUCCUGUGGAUGGCAGUAAUACGCCAAGAUGCCUUUUAACUGCCGGAAAUUGUAAAAGAAGAAGACUUCCGCUUUGCAUGACUGCCGCAAUGGCUUGUCUGUUGCAGCCAAAAAGAGCUUUUAUUUUCACCGUUUUCUGCGCCAUAUAUACAGAUUUUGUUUGUUGUAAUAAUGGUAGAAGAGUCGGCGAUGCCAUGGACACCGAAUUAAAUGGCUUCUCCGUUCCCCUCGAACAUUCAUUUGAAGUCGAUGAUGUAGCAAAGUUCCGGGUACGUGGAGCACUGCUGUUAAAAGCUGGGAGGGAGAGCAGCCUCUCACUGAGUCAAAACCAGCUAUCUGAAGAAGACCGCAUCAAACUGAAGGAGGUGGCUGCAGUGGACGGUCUCUACAGAAUCAGAGUUCCUCGUGUUUUCCUCCAGGCUGACCGGCAAGCAGAGCGCCAGAUGGAGGGUUACCUCACUGCGUUUGUCAGAGCCUGUGCCAUGGUUGAGUCCCAUCUGAGCGACAUCAUCACCCUCCACACUGACAUCUCAGGGUACCUCAUUGGUGUCUCCAUCGUAACAAUACCUGGAGCCUGCAGGGGCACCGAGGUUGAGGAUGAGGUCGAUCUUGAGGUUUUUAACACCACUCUCAGCAUAAUGGCUCCCGUCAAUGCACCAGGACCUGAGACGGCUCUUUUCCUUGAACGAAUGGAGCAGGACAUGAGGUCGAAAGAAAAGAAUCCACAAGAGCAGAAGUCUUUCUUUGCUAAAUAUUGGUAUUUGAUUCUGGGAGGUGCUAUCUUCCUCAUGGCCACCAAUUCAGCACAGCCCCCAGCAGGGGGAGGAAGAGAGCAGAGCUGAUUCCCACUGAAUGGAUGUACAUCGUUCCACUUGUUCUCUUCCUGAUGAUGUCAGGAGCCCAGGACCAAUCAGGUGGAGGAGCCGGAGGUGGGGCAGCUAACGGAGGUGGCCGAUGAUGGACACAACUGCCUGUUAUUAUUAUUAUUAUUUUUUUUUUUUUUUUUUUGAUUGUGAUGAACAUUUCUUUAAUAAAAACUGGCUUAGAAAGAUUUACAUAGCUGUACAGGAUGCUAUUUAAGAUGGAUAAAUUCAAUUUUAAUCUGUAUAAUAGAGAAGAGAUAUUGUUCCCAGCUGGUGACUGCAUUUUUAAUUCUUAUGUGAAAAUAAAGUAUUUAUUACUUGA